AUGUCAAAUAAUAACACACGUCCAUUAAUAGUUGGACAAGAAUUUCCAGUGACACCUUAUCCAGUUAAGAUGAAAGGUGAAGUGAUCAAAGGAUUUGGACGUGGUAGUAAAGAACUUGGUAUUCCAAAAGCAAAUUUACCAGAAGCAUCAUUUGAAGAAAUUUGUAAAUGUAUGGAACCAGGAAUUUAUUAUGGAUGGGCACAAGAAUUUUAUGGAAAAGAGUUACGAGCGAUUGUUUUAGGUUAUAUUAGGCCAGAACGUGAUUAUAUUUCAGUUGGCAAGCUUGCAUAA